AUGGCCUAUGAGACAGAGGAUCAUGAGACUCAAUACUGCUUUCCUGCCAUCAACUCAUCAUGUUUCAAGCAGCUUCACACUCCAACCAACCUGAUUAUUCUCUCUCUGGCUGUGGCUGACCUGCUUAUUGGACUUAUUGUCAUGCCCUUAGAGGCCACCAGGCUGAUUGAAACAUGCUGGUACUUUGGAGACACUUUCUGCAGACUGUUUUUAAUAAUCAUGGGACUUCUCUUCUCAGCAUCUCUCAGUAAUUUAGUUUUAGUUGCUGUUGAUCGUUAUGUGGCUGUGUGUCACCCUUUUCUGUACCCACAGAAAAUAACCACAACUAAAACUUUAAUUAUUGUCUGUAUUUUCUGGGUUUGCUCUUCAGUGUAUAACACUGCAAUAGUUAUGAGUGUCUCACACAAAAAGUAUGCAUGUUAUGGAGAAUGUACAAUUAUGAUUACUUUUGACUGGUCAGUCUCUGAUCUGUUCUUGUCUUUCUUGUUUCCUUGUACCCUGAUCAUAACUUUAUAUUUGAGAAUAUUUUAUGUUGCACAUCAGCAAGUGAAAGUUAUAAACUCUCUGGUGAAGACUGGAAAACAUGUAACUGAAGGUUCAGUGAGGAGGAAAUCUGAAAGAAAAGCUGCUCUCACAUUAGGAAUCAUUGUCACAGUUUAUCUAUUUUGUUGGAUUCCUUUCUUUAUUUUGUCCCUAACAGAAAACACAGAAAUGGCUUCUACCACAGCCUAUAUAUUAUUAUGGAUUUUGUAUAUUAACUCAGGUCUGAAUCCUCUUAUCUAUGCUUUCUUUUACCCCUGGUUUAAAAUGUCAGUUAAACACAUUUUAACUCUUAAAAUAUUCAAGCCAGCAUAA